AUGGGAAAGAUUGGGAAAAGCAACUUGAGAUGGUCUCUCAAUGGAAUGAUAGCUCUUGUCACUGGUGGUACUCGCGGAAUAGGCCGAGCAAUUGUGGAGGAAUUGGCUGCAAUAGGUGCUACGGUCCACACUCGUUCAAGAGAGCAAAGGAUACAACUAAUCGAAAAGGUUGCUUCUAUCUUUGAUUCCAAGCUAAACAUUCUUGUGAACAAUCUUUCUUAUCCUCUUCUUAAAGCAUCUGGGAAUGGAAAUGUCGUGUUCAUUUCCUCAGUUGCAGAUCUGUUGAGUGUUGAAAAUUUAUCUGUUUAUGCAGCAACUAAAGCUGCAGUAAAUCAACUCAUAAAGAAUUUGGCUUGUAAAUGGGAUAAAGACAGACAGGCUAUAGCUGUGGAUGAAGGAGUGACUGUUAAUGGGUUUCAACCAAUUUAA